GUCUAAGUGGUGAGGAGUGGAACCGUCACUCAGUUGUGCAUCUUUCACCAUGGUGGACACACGUAGCGGUAAGAGCACCACCCUGUACACUAAGGCUCGGGAAGAGCAAGCCGUCGCCGUCCUAAAAGAGAGAAAAGAGAAAGAGGCUAAGAAGGAGUUGAUUAAGCAGGCCAAGAAGUUAGCCUUGCUAGAGGAGCUGGCGGCGAAGAAGGAACUGGAGGAGGAGAUGGAGAAGUUGAAAAAAGAAGAGGAGGAGAAGUUGAAUGCAGUAGAAGAAGAGGAACUGGGAGUGGAGGAGGAAGUCCCCUUAGAAAGAAGGACCAGAACGGAAAGGGGAGAAUCGAGUGGCACGAAUCACGGGGACCAGUGGAUGGAGAAAAAUAUAUCAGAGUGGGUUGCAAAUCUGUCACUAGGAGAAGAAGAGGAAGUGAUGUUGUAUGUUCCCAGGGCAGAGCAAGAGGCGGUGGUGAAAGUGUUAGAGGGAGAGGAAGACCCCCUACGUCGCCAAACCCUAGAAGAGGAGAAGAAGUUGGAGUGGAAACUGCGCCUUGCCAGAGAGAAUAGACAACGGUUGGACACAAUCAGAUAAGGUGGCGAAGGAAUUGGGGGUGGUGGAGGAACAAAGACAGCAGAUGGAAAACCAGGCCGAUGUGUUGGGGAAAAUGAAGAUCAUGGCCAGGA